AUGGCUCCUACCAAAGUUUUUACAUCAUCGCGUGUAUACUUCCCGAAUGAAGGCCCGUCCCCGGGAACAAUUGAAGUUGACUUGAGUACUGGCAAGAUUACCACUAUCCAGCGCGUAAAGGUUCAAAAGGGAGAUUCGAGCUAUGCAGCAGACGCAGAAUGGGUCGAUGUAGGAGAUAGGGCAAUAAUACCAGGGCUAGUCGACGCGCACGUACAUUUGAAUGAACCUGGACGAACCAGCUGGGAGGGUUUUGCUACUGGGACAAAAGCCGCCUCCUCUGGAGGCAACACUACUGUAGUUGAGAUGCCGCUCAAUUCCAUUCCCCCAACAACGACCCUAAAGAACUUUGAUGUCAAACUUGAGGCAGCUAAAGACCAAUGCUGGACCGAUGUUGCUUACUGGGGAGGGGUCAUACCAGGAAAUCAGGCUCACUUGCGACCUUUGAUAUCUGCGGGGGUGUCCGGAUUCAAGGGACAACCAACAGUGCUGUUGUUUCACGCCGAGCUCGAUGGCCCCGUGAAUGACCCUGGAAAGAGUGAUCCGACCGAUUACGAUACAUUUCUCAAAUCUAGGCCAGAGUCCUUCGAGACCGAUGCCAUCAAGUUAAUCGUCAAAAUGCUGCAGAAGUACCCUCUGUUGAGGUGUCACAUUGUGCACCUUUCAGCACAUUCUGCAAUUCCCAUUAUUCGCCACGCAAGAAGGGAGCUCAAAUUGCCACUUACGGUCGAAACGUGCUUCCAUUACUUGACGAUCACUUCGAAUGGUGCAAAUCCAAAGGGCCAGCCGCAGUUCAAAUGUUGCCCGCCCAUCCGCGGCGCGGAGAACCAAGAAAAGUUAUGGGAAGCCCUGCUCGAUGGCACGAUCGACAUGGUAGUAUCGGAUCACUCGCCAUGUGUAGCUGAGCUCAAGGAGAUUGAGGCUGGUGAUUUUAUGGACGCAUGGGGUGGUAUAAGCACCCUCGGGCUCGGGUUGAGCUUAUUAUCCACGGCGGCGCAGAAACGUGGUAUACCAUUUGAACGCAUCCUCACAUGGUGCAGUACAAAUACUGCGCUACACGCGGGCUUGGCGGACAGGAAGGGAGGUAUUGCCGUAGGCAAAGAUGCGGACCUAGCAAUAUGGGACGCGGGGGCCGUGUUCAAUGUUACGAAAGAGUCACUGAAUUUCAAGAACAAGCUGAGUCCAUAUGUAGGCCUGUCAUUGACUGGGCAGGUGGUUCAAACCUACGUGCGUGGUACACUGGUAUUCGACCGGGAAACUGGCUUCAGUUCUCGCGCCCCUGGGCAGUUUAUGCGACCGGGCACGGAGAAGGCCUUCUGGACGAUAUAG